AUGCGAUUAUUAGCCGCCUCCUUUAAGUUUGGCAUGUCAGGUCGUUGGACCUCGCUAAGUUGCCAUUGUUACGGUCAAUGCUUCGAACCGUACGAGCUACUGGGCAUCGAAAGCGAACAUUGGUUACGCUCCAGAAGUGAACAUAGUAGUGGAAAGGACAGCCAGUGCUGUGACAGCGAAACAGUAGUGCUUUUCGUGCGCGAUAUUGCAUUUGUUGUGAUUGCAGCAGCAUACCAGGCCGUGGUACUUGUCUUUCUCACACGAAUCUUUUUUAAAUUGUUUACAGAGCGAAUACGAUGCGCCUUUCUUGUCGCAGCCUCGCAGCUGAAAUUACAGGAUAGCAACACUGCUGCGCUUGCUCUCAUCUUUGGUGUAUGCUUCGCUGAGAACACAUUUGUGCUAAACACUUUCCCAGUGCACAUCGAGAGCUAUUGCAAAGUGGUGGACGUGAAAAAAAGCAUUGAAGAUGCAAAUUUGCCUGGUUAG